AUGGGGAUAGGCAGCCUGAUUCUUCUCGCAUUUAUUGCGACCAGGGUUAGCCUAGCUGCUCCUGCUCAUACAGCUAGCCCGGUGGUUAAUUUAGGCUACGCCAGCUACCAGGGGUACUAUGACAGUACUCACGAUCUAAACAUUUUCAAGGGAAUUCGUUAUGCAGCCCCUCCAGUUGGAAAGCUCCGAUGGCAAGCUCCACAAGCCCCCCCAGUGAACCGGACUUCCGUUCAAUAUGCCAUUAAGCAACCUCCGCUUUGCCCCCAGUCUGGUGGUGCGAAAUUGCCCAAAGUUUACGGCUUCAAUUCGGCCCUCGGUGAUGAGGACUGUUUGUUCUUGAAUGUGUAUGCUCCAGUGGGGGCAAAAGAUCUCCCUGUCCUUCUUUGGAUCCAUGGGGGCGGGUACGGUCUUUUUGGGGCAAUCUACGACCCCAGUGAGUGGAUCAACACGAAUGAUCAUGGGUUCAUUGCAGUCAUGAUCCAGUACAGACUGGGUGCUUUUGGCUUUUUGUCAUCGGCAGAUGUGCACAAAUAUGGCCAAGCCAACGCAGGUCUUCUGGACAUGCGAUUUGCUCUUCAAUGGGUCCAAGAGCAUAUUGAAGCUUUCGGCGGCAAUGCAUCUCGUGUUACGAUGGGCGGUGAAUCGUCAGGUGCAGGCUCAGUGAUGUUGCAGGCAAUGGGCUAUGGGGGUCGCGAGGAUCACUUAUUCAACAAUAUUAUCGCUGCCAGCCCGUACACUCCGGCUAUGUACCACUACGAUGAUGAAGUGCCGACAAUUCAUUAUCUUCACUUUGCAGCUCGGGCAGGAUGCCAUGAUGGAAAGCUUAUUUCCGAGUCGGCUAUCUUUGACUGUCUCGUAAAUGCCGACACAGAGACCUUGCAAUACGCCAGCGCAAAUGUUUCAGUCUCGGGAUCAUGGGGUACGUGGGCCUUCCAGCCUGUGAUAGACGGCGAGUUCAUUCAGGAGCUACCAACCACGCAACUGCUCAAAACGAAAGUGAGCGGCAAGCGUAUAUUGUCAGGUAACAAUGCCAAUGAUGGCGUGCCCCUGAGUCCGCCUUACAUCAACACCACCGACGGUUUCUUGAGUUACAUCAAAAACACUUUCCCAUUGUUCAAUGCAUUUGAUUAUUCUCGCCUGAAAGAUAUCUAUGGAUUCUGGAAUAGCUCCCCCACAAACACUGGCCCUCGGUACGACACCCUGGGUGAUCGUGGCCCAAUUGCUUUGAACCAGUCAGAGAUGGCGACAGGUCUUCAGCAAACUAUUUUUAACAUCUUUGCCGAGACAACGUUUGAUUGUGCUUCGUAUUGGCUUUCAGAUGCUUUUUCAAGGGGCCCCGCCAAGGAGAGUUGGAAGUACCAAUUUUCUGUCACGCCUGCAUACCAUGGUGCAGACUUGACCGCAUAUUUCUCCGUUGGAGCGCAUACACCCACUCGUGGCUUUAUACAUUCAUUCCAGAAGAUUUGGGGUUCCUUCAUUAUCAAUGAUACCCCAGUAAUCUCCAUCGCAGAUGCGAAGGGCUGUGCGGAAAAUUCCACAGUCCCCGAAGCCACAAAUGGGUAUAUCUCAUGGCCAAAGUGGAAUGAAUCCUCACCUGUACUGAUGAACCUGAACACCACAGGUGGAAAGACAGUCUACGACCACAUUACUGAUCAACUAUCGUACUGGCUCCGAAAAGGACCUGGCGUAACGAACAUGUUUACACUGGCAGAUGCAUCAAGCUGGGAAGGUGGUCGCGGAGAGCGCUGCAAGUUCUGGCAAAGUGUUGGUCCACGGGUGCCACAAUGA